AUGAAGCUUUUUAACAUCCUACUUAUACUCUGUGCGGGCGGUACUCUCUGCAUGAUCAUCCCUGAAUUAAACGAAAUAGCUUAUUACUCUGAAACGUUCGAGAACUUCCGCAAUGCAAAGGCUCAAGAUGGCUUAGGACAACAAAAUAUUGAGAAUCUUCACUUAGGAAGACAAAAAGUCCUUCGCGGGUCGAAAUCGCUUCCCUAUCGAUAUAUCAUAGUCUUCAAUGAAGAUAUUACAAACCGACUCAUUGAGUCACAUACGCAGAUGAUACAGAAAGCGCAAAAGGUCUCCGUCAGUAAAAUUACAGAAGAUGACUCAUUUUUAAGGACAGUGUCCGCUUCAGCAUCACCUAAUCCGCAAUUUGGAGGUAUUGAUAUUUCUUUCGACAUAAACGGAUUAUUUCGAGGUUAUACUGGCUAUUUCACAGAUGAAGUCAUCGAAAUAGUUUUCCAGGAUCCACUUGUCAAAUUCAUUGAGCAUGAGAGCACAGUAAGAAUAUCCAACUCCUCAAGACAAGAGGACGCCCCAUGGGGAUUACAUCGAAUUUCUCAUAGAGAAAGAGCAAAAUACGGUCAAGAUUUGGAGUAUUUAUACGAAGAUGCUGCAGGAACAGGAGUUACAUCGUAUGUACUCGAUACAGGAAUUGAUACGGAGCACGAGGAUUUUGAAGGGCGUGCCAAGUGGGGGGCUGUUAUACCUGAGAACGACGAGGCUUCUGAUUUGAAUGGCCAUGGAACUCAUUGCGCAGGAAUUAUUGGUUCCAGGCAUUUCGGUGUGGCUAAAAAUACGAACAUUUUAGCGGUAAAGGUUCUUCGUUCAAAUGGUGAAGGGACAGUCUCGGACGUUAUUAAAGGUAUAGAGUAUGUUGCUAAGAAUCAUAUAGCAUCAUCAAAGAAGAGAGGUUCAAAAUUUAAAGGAUCCACCGCUAAUCUUUCUUUAGGAAGUAGUAAAUCACCAGCAAUGGAAAUGGCUGUGAAUGCGGCUGUCGAUUGCGGUGUUCAUUUUGCUAUUGCAGCGGGGAAUGAAGAUGAAGAUGCCUGCCUUAGCUCGCCAGCCGGGGCCGAAAAAAGCAUUACCGUUGGUGCUUCAACAUUUAGUGACGACAGAGCAUUCUUUUCGAAUUGGGGCACAUGCGUCGAUGUGUUUGCUCCGGGUAUAAAUAUUAUGUCUACCUAUAUUGGCUCAAGAAAUGCAACUCUAAGUUUAUCGGGUACUUCAAUGGCGGCACCUCAUGUUGCUGGCAUUUUAAGUUACCUUCUUUCAUUACAGCCUGCACAAGACAGUGAGUUUUUCUAUGACACCGUUUCACCUCAACAAUUGAAAGAAAAGAUUCUAAAAUUUAGUACGCGUGGAGUACUGGGUGAUGUCAAUGAAGAGACUCCUAAUAGGUUGGUAUACAAUGGCGGAGGUAAAAAACUGGACGAGUUUUGGAGGUUCUAA